ACUACUUAAAUUCCUUCAGGGCUGUGCUGUUUUGAGCACGCCACUUAGCUAAGCUGCCAGAGCAAUCAAGGGCAAAGCAUAAUGAUGGACCUAUUUGAAACAAAUUCCUAUUUCUUUUACCUGGAUGGAGAUAAUGGAGCCUUUCAACAACUGGGAGUAGCAGAUGGGUCCCCUGUGUAUCCAGGAAGUGAGGGGACAUUGUCCCCAUGUCGUGAUCAGCUGCCAGUAGAUGCUGGAAGUGACAGUAGUGAAGAAGAACAUGUCUUAGCUCCACCAGGACUACAACCCCAUUGCCCUGGACAAUGUCUGAUCUGGGCCUGCAAGACCUGCAAGAGAAAGUCUGCCCCAACUGAUAGAAGAAAAGCAGCCACCUUAAGGGAAAGGAGAAGGCUAAAGAAAAUCAAUGAAGCCUUUGAGGCGCUUAAAAGAAGGACUGUGGCAAACCCAAACCAAAGACUUCCCAAGGUUGAAAUCCUACGCAGUGCCAUUAAUUAUAUCGAGAGGCUCCAGGACUUGUUGCACAGUUUGGAUCAGCAGGACAAGCCACAGAAAGCAGAUGAGGAACCCUUCUCCUAUAACUCCAAAGAGGCACCUGUUCAGAGUGAGGAUUUCUUAAGUACCUGUCAUCCUGAAUGGCACCAUAUUCCUGACCAUUCCAGAAUGCCCAAUCUCAAUAUUAAAGAAGAAGGAUCCCUACAGGAGAAUUCCUCCAGCAGCCUGCAGUGCCUGUCAUCUAUAGUGGACAGCAUAUCUUCUGAUGAACCCAGGCACCCUUGCACUAUACAGGAGCUGGUAGAGAAUUAACAUGACCCCUCUCUAGCUUUUCACGGCUCUACCAGCUCAGCUUCCCAAACUUCGUAAUCGGGCAGGCAGGUACAGGAUCAACUGCUCUACUAUUCCCCAUUUAUUUAACAUGCCAUCAUUGAAUUCAAUCUUGUUGCACUGACGUGACAUUAUAAUAUAUAUAUAUAUAUAUAUAUAUAUAUAUAUAUAUAUAUAUAUAUAUAUAUAUAUAUAUAUAUAUAUACAAUAUCAAAACAGGGGGGUUGUGGGAGCACUCUAAAGGCUUUAAAGUAUAUAUUUAAGUAUAAUAAAUGCUAUUGCAUAUGUACCCAAAACAGGGGUUAUUUUGUUACAAAGUUAUGAUCAUAAAUUGAUAAGCCACCAUACCACGUCAAGGUAAACCCCGAAUGGCGGUCCCUAACUUGUUUUAUAUUUUAUGUGCAUUUUAGCAUUACCUGUAAUCAAUGUCCGUUGAACGCUGUUUUUUCACUGAGGGCUAAAUAUAUAUAUACACUGUAUAUAUAUAUAUAUAUAUAUAUAUACACUGUAUAUUAUAUAACAGACCACAUUUGCAUUUACCUUACCAUAAUAUUUCCUCUGUCUUUAUGUAAAAUGCUGAUCUAUCCACUACAUUCAACAUAAAUUCAUUCCUGAUUGUACCGAGUGCAGAGAUUCUAUUUUAUAUUUGUAAUUAUGGACAGUGUUGGAAAUGCUCAUGUUCCUUGUAAAUAGUCAUUUCUUACUGUUCUACAAGCACUCAGAUUAUUUAAACUAUAGUUUGGAAUGGUGUAUAUAUAAAUAUUUAUAUAUAAAAAUUACAAUAUAUAUCCUAUUAAAUAAACAUCUUUGUUGCUAA